AUGAUUCGUGCCCCCGGCACUCGGUCUCUCAUGGCGAUGUGCCUGCGAAAGGUGCCUGACUACAUCGGCGAGCUGGAGGACUGGGAGGAACGACAGGCUGAGGAAGAAGGCACCAAAUCUUCUCUACGAGUGUCAGAUGUCUCUAAUGAAGUCUAUGGCGCCGUCGAGCAGUUGCUGCGUCCAGGUCAUGGAUGCCCGCAGCUACGAAUCGUCGCGAGAGCUCACGGCAUGAAGGUGGUCAAGGAUGCCCUACUUGACGGCCUGCUGGAGGAUGGCUUCUCUCACUUACUCGUCCAGCUAUGUGCCAACAUGAAGGCUAGCCUAGAGGUUGAAGAACUGCUUGCGAUCAUCGUCGACCGGCAAUACCCUAAGCCCAAAGGUAUCGGCAGCACGUUCGACGAGAGUCGGAGGCUUGCGCCAUUGAAGGCGUUGCGCAACUUCGUACAAGGGAGUGGCCGGUCUCAAUACAUGCUCAGGCAGCUCUCUGAUUUACUGUCUCGGCAACAGCUUCCUCUGAGUUGGUUGUCCACCGCAGAGUUUUCGUCCAUAUGGUCCGGCAUUAUCAACACCCUUUCCUCUGGCAACCAGGUUUGCGACGACACAGUAUCUUUCGCUACUCACAUGAUCACAACGCUGGCCUCUCAGGCCAAGAUGAUAGCCUUCAUCCUCCGGCCGGAAGCAAACGACCUGAAGAGCUUAUCACAGCAGACUUUGCUCAGCGCCACCACGGCGAUGGCCUCAUUACCAUUGUUGCACCAAGAAGCUGGAAAUAUUUCACAGCAUAUUACUGGACAGAACAGUCUAUCUACUAUAUCCAGGAGAGUUGGACAUGUCAUUCAUGCAUGCAUAUACGAGCUGCGGAGAGCCAGAAAGUCAGGCUGGAUAACGACAGUCCUCCGCCUAGCAGCAUACUUUACGAGUAAUGCCCAUGACGGCUCCAAAUACACAGAUAUACCAGAGCUGUGGAAUCGCAUCAUACAGGGCCACGCCAAGAGAGAUGGGAAGCAGCACUACGAAGCAGCAAUUGCACUGAUCUGUUCCAUAGCGCAAUGCUGCGGCCGUGGGGUCUCGGACCCGUCGCAUCACUACCUUAUCAGACUGUGCGACCGACUCGACAAGGCCGCAGAGCUCGAAGCAGGCAUGUCAAGAAGCCUGAGGAUUAAUUGCGCUUUCUUACUGGCCGAACGAACAAACGAUCUGCGAGAUCUCGCCUUCGCCGAAUCGUUCGACCUCAGACGGGCGUCUCAACAUAAGCCCAGUUCAUUGUCAUCACCAUCUUUAUUAGUUACAGGCUUCCGCUGGGAUGAGGGUAUCUCAGAAUGGGUGACGGAGACACCAGCCGUGCGAAAGCGGUUCUCGAGACAAUUCUCAAUGGAGAUGACCAGCUCAGAUUCAAACGUCGAGACCCGCCGCCGAAACGUAGACGACGCAACUGAUGGCGAUCCACACUCCUCCCCCUUGGGUAGAGAUUUCAAGGACAACCCCUCGACCAACCAGAGUGGCCUUUACAGGAUGGAGCCGAGGCAAACCCGAGCUACUGCUCGUGCAGGCAACAGUGUCCGGCAGAGCACAAUCGAGCAGCAGUACCUCAUGCGAGGAUGGAAGCGGGGUGCGGCGAUGGCUGGACUCCUCAGCCUGCAGAGCGAUGAUGACGACCUGGAGGAUCAGUGUGAGGAUCAGGUGGCGGGCAGGCAGAAGGAGUCAUCUACAAGCCGUCAGCAGCAGCAGCAGCAGCAGCGGCGCUGCAGCAGUGGCAAAGAGAACACGAACACGGUACCCGGCGAGGGCCGUCCUCCUCCUCCCAAGCGGCGGCGGCGGGUGUCGGCCUUGAGACCACGUCAGUCGGUACUCACGAACAUUACUAACGUCGGUCCCGAUGAGGAGAGCAGCGACGAGCUUGGCCUCUAA